AUGCUGCGCCUCGUGGCCAAGCUAGUGGCAUUUUUCUGGAGGAAGGCAGAUGGGCUGGAGGAGGAGGUCCGGCCACUGGGGCUCGAGCCCCCGGAAGGUGACACCAAGUUGAAAACCGUGCGGGGUGUGGUGACGAGGUACUGCGGUGAUUAUGGCAUGAUCGACGAUCUGAUAUACUUCUCCAAUGAGGUUGUGACUGGCAAGGUGCUUCUGAACGUUGGGCAGGAAGUUGUUGCCAUUGUGGAAGAAAACAAAGUGUCCAAUGGCCUGAAAGCAGUCAGGGUGGAAGCCGUCUCUGAUAAGUGGGAAGAGGACAGCAGGACGUGGGGAGGGGGGCUGUCCGACUGCAGCCCCCGAGUGCUGAUCGGCUGCGUGACCUCGCUGACCAAGGGCUCGGGCUACAUCAACCAGACCACGCACUUCUCUCCGCGGAGCGUCUGCGAAGGUUUUGCGCCCUACAAGGGAGACUGGGUGGAGGCCACGUACUGGAUCCGGCCCGGCACCUGGAGCAGCGAGGCUGUGCUGGUGAAGCCGCUGCGGUACAAGCGAGUGGACAGGGUCUGCAUUUCCAGCCUCUGGGGGAGAAAUGGGGUGAUUGACGACAGCAUCUUUUUCACCCUGGACUCUGUGAAGCUUCCGGAGGGGUACGUGCCACGCAGGCACGACGUGGUCAACACCGUGGUGGUGGAGAGCAGCCAGUCCUGCUACCUGUGGAGGGCCCUGUGCUUGACCCCGGUGACAAGGCGGGCCGCUGAGGCGGAGGCUCCCGACCGGGUCUGCGAGGCCCUGUUGCUGAAGGACAAAGGCAACGUCGAAGUGACGAGAAUGACCGACUUCGGAACCAUGAAGGAAGGAGGCAGCAAGAGCCUGGUGCUCUGCAUAGAGAACAAGGGAGACGCUCCUCAGCACCUGGUCAGCUGCAAACUGGCCGGCUGGGACCGGGCAGGACAGUUCCGGCUCCACAUGCUGUGGAGGACCCAGCGCUGCCUGCCCGGGCGUCCUGGAGCCCGCCCUGGGACCUCGGAGGGCAGCGUCCGCCCAGCAGACAGUGGCCGGGACGCCCAAGCCUGUCAGGUGUCGGAGAGCGGCGUGGGCCACAGCGGCGCCGUCCCCCCAGGGGGCGGUGCCUGUGAAGCAGAAACCGGGGGAAAAGGACAGAGCACCUCACCGAAGCAAGCAGCCAGGCCUGCAUCCAGCGGGCUCAUCCCUCCCGGGGAAAAAGCCCUGGUCGUGGUCAUUUGCGAGGCCAAGGCCGCCGGCCGCUGCAGGGAGCUGCUCCUGCUCUGCUUCUCCAGCUUCCUGAUCGGGCGCUUCCUGGAGGUGAGCGUGGUGGGCGCGGAGGAGGCCCUGGUCGCCAUGCGUGAGCCGUUCCUGUGGAAGAAGUCCAGAAGUCCCCAGGCGCCAGCGCCCACGAAAUCCACCGUUGUCGUGACUACGCAGAAGAGGAACCUGAGGCGCCAGCUGCCAAGUUUCCUCCCCCAGUACCCGGUACCGGACCGGCUGAAGAAAUGCGUGGAGCAGAAAAUCGACAUCCUGACUUUCCAGCCGCUGCUUGCCGAGCGCUUGAACGUGACGAACUACAAGGAGAAGUUCUCGACCUUGCUGUGGCUCGAGGAGAUUCACGCGGAGACAGAGCUGAAAGAGUAUAACAUGAGUGGGAUCACCUUGAAGAGGAGCGGGGACCUGCUGGUGCUGGAGGUCCCGGGCCUGGCCGAGAGCCGGCCCUCCCUGUACGCAGGCGACAAGCUGGUUCUGAAAACGCAGGAGCACCACGGCCACGUCGUUGAGUACGUGGGCUACGUGCUGAAGAUUCACGAAGAGGAUGUGACUCUUAAGCUGAACCCAGAGUUCGAGCAGGCGUACAGUUUCGAGCCCUUGGACGUGGAGUUCACCUACAACAGGACCACAAGCAGACGGUGUCACUUCGCGCUCGAACAGGUCGCCCACUUGGGAGUGAAAGUGUUGUUUCCAGAAGAAAUCAUUUUGCAGUCUCCCCAAGUGACAGGCAGUUGGAACCACGCACAGGACACCAGAGACAGUGGGCAGCCCGCCCACCAGAACAGGAAAGCUGUGAAGGACCAACCUAAGCCUGUCACCGAGUCAGAGCAGGCAGGUGCCCAGGACACGCUGGGGCCGGCGGCCUUCGCCUCAGGGAUGAGCUGCCUGGGAAACGGGACGCAGGCCGAGGGGGCCAGAGAGGAGUUUUUCAACCCCCUGCUCAACGAGAACCAGAAGCUGGCCGUGAGGAGGAUUCUGAGUGGCGACUGCCGCCCCCUCCCGUACAUUCUCUUUGGGCCUCCGGGCACCGGGAAGACGGUGACCAUCAUCGAGGCCGUGCUGCAGGUGUACCACGCCUUGCCGGACAGUCGGAUUUUGGUGUGUGCGCCCUCCAACAGCGCAGCCGACCUCGUGUGUCUGCGGCUGCAUGAGAGCCAGCAGCUGCGGCCGGGCACCAUGGUCCGCGUGAACGCCACCUGCCGGCUGGAGGAGACGGUCACCGAGGCCAUCAAGGCCUACUGCAAGGACGGGGAGGACAUCUGGAAGGCCUCCCGCUUCCGGGUCAUAAUCACCACCUGCAGCAGUGCCGGGCUCUUCUACCAAAUCGGAGUCCGAGUCGGACACUUCACGCACGUGUUUGUGGAUGAAGCCGGACAGGCCAGCGAGCCGGAGUGCCUCAUUCCCCUGGGGCUGGUGUCGGACGUCGGCGGCCAGAUCGUCCUGGCCGGAGACCCCAUGCAGCUGGGGCCGGUCAUCAAGUCCAGACUGGCCAUGGCCUACGGGCUGAACGUGUCCCUGCUGGAGAGACUGAUGUCCCGGCCAGUGUACCUGAGAGAUGAAGAUGCCUUCAGUGCCUGCGGCGCCUACAACCCCUUGCUGGUGACGAAGCUCGUGAAGAACUACCGGUCACACGCGGCCCUGCUGGCCCUGCCCUCCCGGCUGUUCUACCACACGGAGCUGGAGGUCUGUGCGGACCCCAAGGUGGCGGCCUCCUUGCUGGGCUGGGAGAAGCUGCCCAGGAAAGGCUUCCCCCUCGUCUUCCACGGCGUCAGGGGCAGCGAGGCGCGGGAGGGGCGGAGCCCGUCCUGGUUCAACCCGGCCGAGGCCGUGCAGGUCCUGCGCUACAGCUGUCUCCUCACCAGGAGCCUCUCCAGCCAGGUGUCCGCACACGACAUCGGCGUGAUCACGCCCUACCGCAAGCAGGUGGAAAAAAUCAAAAUUCUUCUGAGGAACGUGGAUCUGAUGGACAUAAAGGUUGGGUCGGUCGAGGAGUUCCAAGGACAGGAGCACUUGGUCAUCAUCAUCUCCACUGUACGAUCGAAUGAAGAUGAAUUUGAAGACGAUAGGUAUUUUCUGGGUUUCUUGUCCAACUCCAAGAGAUUCAACGUUGCGGUCACCAGACCCAAAGCCUUGCUCAUCGUUCUGGGAAACCCUCAUGUGCUAGUCAGAGACCCCUGCUUCGGCGCUCUGCUGGAGUACAGCAUCACAAACGGCGUGUACACGGGCUGCGACCUGCCCCCCGAGCUGCAGUCCCUGCAAAAGUGAGCCUCCCGCCCGCCGCUGUGGCUCAGGUGGAGCACCCUCCCGUAAACCAGAAGGUGGCAGGUUCAAUCCCCGGUCGGGGCACAUAUGGAGACAAACAGUCCAUGUUUCCCUCUCACAUCAACGUUUCUCUCUCCCUCUCUCUUUAAAAGCAAUGAAAAAUUGUCCUCGGAUGACGAUGA